AUGAAGUUUGGCAAGGAAUUUGUGUCACAAAUGGUGCCAGAAUGGCAAGAAGCAUACAUGGAUUAUGACUACCUAAAGACCCUUUUGAAAGAAAUCCUUCGUUUCAAAAAAAGAAACACGACGCCAUACACACCAAAAGCACUAAAGAGAAGGCUCACACUUUACAGAGCUUUCAGUGGCCUAACAGGAAGAGGAGGACCCAACACGCCCACCAGCUCGAGCCCGGCCGACAUGGAGAGCCAAGUCAUUCUGGUGAACCCGGUGGGCCGGCAGGCCGACGGCUCCGGACGCCACGAGACCGUGUUCCUCCGGGCUUCAGAGGACGGAGGAGAGUACGAGACGGUUUAUUUCAGGAGGCUUGAUGAUGAGUUCGAUAAGGUUUUGAAGUUUUACAAGGGUAAGGUGGAGGAGGUGGUGAAGGAGGCUGAGAUGUUGGACAAGCAAAUGAAUGCUCUGAUAGCUUUCAGGAUCAAAGUGGAGAGACCUCAGAGAUGGUUCGAUAGCUCGGCCGAGAUGACUCGUCUUGCUUCCGACGUUGCUGCUUCAACAGCUCAAUUAUCGGCUUCCACUCCGAUGUCAGCCAGAGCAAUUAGACUAGGUGCGGAGAUUCAGAUGGAUGUAAUAGAAGAGGAUGACUCGAACAGAGGAGAAGAUGAAUCUAGUGAUGAUCAUCAAGAUGGGAAGGAAAUGAAAAGUAUCAACAAAAAAGUUGAAGAAAAGAAGCCAAACAACAUUAGAGCCACUAGACCAGCUCGAUUAGAGAUACUCAACCAUGUGAAAAUCAACAACACUCGCGAGACUCCUCGUUCAACCAUCAAAGCUUUCCUCAAAGUUCCUAAUCAGACUGAACUCAGUUUCAGUAGGGAAACUCUAAAGAAAGUCGAAGAUCAACUCAAGCGCGCUUUCAUCCAAUUCUAUCAAAAGCUUCGCCUUCUUAAGAGCUACAGCUUCUUGAAUAUGUUGGCAUUUUCAAAGAUCAUGAAGAAAUAUGAUAAGAUAACUUCAAGAAACGCAUCAAAACCUUAUUUGAAGAUGGUGGAUGACUCUGACCUCGGUUCUGAUGAGGUUGCCAAACUUAUGGAUAGGGUUGAAGCUACAUUCAUCAAGCAUUUCUCCAACUCGAAUCGUAGCAAAGGAAUGAACGUCUUAAGGCCAAAAGCAAAGACAGAAAGGCAUAGAACAACAUUUUCCACAGGCGUUGUCGUUGGCUGCACAGUCUCUCUCAUAGUGGCACUUGUUUUGCUUGUUCGUGCUCGCAAUAUUAUAGAAAAAGAAGGGCAAAAAACAUACAUGGAAACUUUGUUUCCACUUUACAGCUUUUUCGGAUUCAUUGUCCUUCACAUGCUUAUGUAUGCUGCAAAUAUAUUCUUCUGGAGGCGAUACCGAGUCAAUUAUUCAUUCAUAUUUGGUUUCAAGGAAGGAACUGAGCUGGGUUACCGGGAAGUUUCCCUCAUCAGUUUUACUUUAUCAGUGCUAGCAUUAGCCGGCGUGCUUGCUAACCUUGAUAUGGAAAUGGAUAAGAAAACCCUAGAUUACAAAGCAUUCACAGAGCUUGUCCCUCUGUUAUUACUAGUGCUUGUGAUUGUCCUAGUGAUCUGCCCCUUCAAUAUCAUGUAUCGAGCAAAUCGCUUCUUCUUUCUCACAUGUUUGUUUCACUGCAUCUGUGCUCCUCUCUACAAGGUGACACUGCCAGAUUUUUUCUUGGCAGAUCAGCUAACUAGUCAGGUUCAAGCAAUUAGAAGUUUGGAGUUCUACAUUUGCUACUAUGGUUGGGGAGACUACAAGCACAGAGAUAACAGUUGCAAAUCAAGUGCUGUUUACAACACUUUCUAUUUCAUAGUUGCCGCGAUUCCAUAUUGGUGGCGCCUCCUUCAGUGCCUCAGGCGCCUGUACGAAGAGAAAGAUGGUAUGCAGGGACUCAAUGGGUUGAAAUAUUUCUUAACAAUCGUAGCCCUUAGUACAAGAACAGCGUACGCUCUUAGCAAAGACGUGUACUGGAAGAUGGCAGCCUGGGUAUUCUCUGUCAAUGCUGCAGUCUUCAGUGCAUAUUGGGACAUUGUUUUGGAUUGGGGGCUUCUUCAAAAGAAGUCUGAGAAUCGUUGGUUGAGAAACAAGCUUCUUGUCCCACACAACAGUGUGUACAUUGUUGCCAUGGUCUUGAAUGUGUUGUUGAGAUUUGCUUGGCUGCAAUCAGUGUUUGAUUUCUCAGUUUCUUUCAUGCAUAGAGAAACCUUAAUAGCAGUUGUUGCUGCCUUAGAGAUCAUUCGUCGUGGCAUAUGGAAUUUCUUCAGGUUGGAAAAUGAACAUCUGAAUAACGUUGGCAAGUAUCGCGCAUUCAAGUCAGUACCACUACCUUUCAACUAUGAUGAAGAUGAUGACAAAGAUGAGUAGAGCAACAACAGUGUGCAAAGAACCAACCAAAAAGAGUGAAGUACAAGAAGAACAGAUGAAGAAGACAAAUAACAGAUAGACAUGUUCGGAAUGUGAAUGUAGCCUAUUUUGUUUUUCAAAUUUUCAAUUGUUUUGGGUGGAUUCUUUGUAAAUGUAGAUCUUGACAGUGAGAAGAAGUGAAUCCAAUUCAU